AUGAAACAUGGCCAGCAGUUCCCUGCCUCCUUGGUCCUGGCACUGGUGCAGGUUUGCUUGGCCCAGGCGAAUUUCGCUCCUUAUUUCUUCGACAAUGGAGCCAGCAGCACAAAUGGAAAUAUGGCCCUUUUCAGCCUUUCAGAGGACACCCCUGUGGGCUCUCAUGUGUACACAUUGAAUGGAACUGACCCAGAAGGAGACUUUGUCACCUACGGCAUUAGCUUUGAGUCCAGUUCAAGAAAUUUCUUUUCCAUCGAUCCAAACUUUGGAAAUAUCACAUUGAUUGAGGAGUUGGACAGAGAGAGAGAAGAUGAAAUUGAAGCCAUCAUCAGCAUCUCCGAUGGCCUGAAUAAAGUGGUAGAGAAGGUCCUGAUUCUGGUGACUGACGCCAAUGAUGAAGCCCCACAGUUCAUCAAUACACCCUACAUAAUCCUUGUUCCUGAAGACACACCUGCAGGGAACAGCAUCUUUAAGGUUCAAGCUGUGGACAAGGAUACAGGAUCUGGAGGAAGCGUCACCUAUUUUCUACAGAAUCUCCUCACCAACAAGUUCACAAUGGACCGCCACAGUGGAGUGCUGCGCAUUAGAGCUGGAGCCACUCUGGACUACGAGAAGUCAAGGACUCAUUUUGUCACCGUCGUGGCCAGGGAUGGUGGAGGGAAGCUCAGAGGAGAUUAUGUGAUAUUCUCAACCACUACUACCAUCACCAUCAAUGUGGAUGACGCCCAGGACACAGACCCUGUCUUUGUUGGCACACCCUAUUAUGGCUAUGUCUAUGAGGAUUCCCAGCCGGGUUCAGAGAUUCUGACAGUGGUUGCCGUAGAUGGUGAUCGGGGUAAUCCUAACAUGGUGCUCUAUAGUAUUGUGAAUGGGAGUGAUGAAGCCUUCAAGAUCAAUGAGACCUCAGGAGGCAUCUCUGUCACAGUGCCCCCCAACCAGCUCAAGAAGGAAGUAUAUGAGCUGAAAGUUCAGGUGUCGGAGGUCAGUUCCAAAGGGAUCCUGGCAGCUCAGGCUUUAACUACUGUAAUCAUCAGGGUAGUUGACCUCAACAACCAUCCUCCAACGUUCUAUGGGGAGAAUGGACUCCAGAAUGCGUUUGAGCUGACAAUGUAUGAACAUCCAUCUGAAGGGGAGAUUCUUCGGGGUCUCAAGAUUACAGUCAAUGACUCUGAUCAGGGAGCAAAUGCCAAAUUCAACCUGAGGCUUGUGGGCGCUGGGGGCAUCUUCCGGGUAGUUCCCCAGACUGUCUUGAAUGAAGCUCAGGUCACUGUCAUUGUGGAAAAUUCAGCUGCCAUUGACUUUGAGAAGUUCAAGUUGUUAACCUUCAAGCUCCUGGCAGUGGAAGUGAACACUCCCGAGAAAUUCAGCUCCACAGCAGACAUCAUGAUCCACCUGCUGGACACCAAUGACAACGUUCCCAAGUUUUCCUCUGACUACUACAUUGCCCGGAUCCCAGAGAAUUCUCCGGGAGGGUCAAAUGUGGUGGCUGUCAAAGCAAUGGAUCCAGACUCAGGACUAUGGGGUGAAGUCAAAUACUCCAUUUAUGGGACAGGAGCAGAGCUAUUCCUGAUCCACCCAUCUGCAGGAAUCAUCUAUACUCAGCCCUGGGCUGUCCUGGAUGCUGAGGUCACUUCCAAGUACAACUUCUAUGUGAAGGCAGAAGAUACAGAGGGCAAGUACAGCCUUGCUGAAGUGUUUGUCACAGUGCUUGACGUCAAUGACCAUUCCCCAGAGUUUGAUGAAAACAUUCAGGAGAAGACAAUGAUCCUAGGAACCCCAGUAAAAAUUGAGGCUACAGACCAUGAUGCAGAAGAGCCAAAUAAUGUCGUAGACUAUUCCAUAAUGCAGGCAGAACCUGCCAAUGUGUUUGACAUCAAUGAAAGCACGGGUGAGAUCCGAUUGAAGGCCUUUGUUCACUCACUGGACAUUAUCCACAACAUCACCAAGAACAGAGACUGCACCUGGUCUGUGUUGGUGCAGGCCAAGGACCGAGGCUCCCCAUCCUUCAGUACCACAGCUGUGCUAAAGAUUGAUAUCUUAGAUGAGACCCUGAAUAGAGGUCCCAUGGCUGCAUUUCUGAUGCAAACUAAAGACAAUCCCAUGAAAGCCAUAGGCGUGCUGGCUGGAGUCAUAGCCAUUAUGGUGGUCAUUACCGUUUUCAUCUCCACUGCCAUGUUCUGGCGCAACAAGAAAUCCAACAAGAUUUUACCAGUCCGGCGGGUGAUCCGAAAGAGACCGAGCCCGCCAUCCCGCUCCAUCAGGACAGAAUGGCUCAAAUUCAAGAGGUCUCAUACAGGAGACAAGUUUGCCGUCAAGGAUGAGCUACCUAAUGAGAACCAUAACAACAACAGCUCAAUGUUCACUGCUCCUCCUGAAGCACCAACCCCGCCUCCUCCGCCUAACACUAUCCCUAAGAUCAGCCUCACGGAAUGGACAGUGCCCACAGUCUCAGGCUCACUGACUCCCAAGCGCACCAGCAAGCUGAUGAAGGAAAACUUGGAAGCAAAACCAGUCCAAUCUGCCCUUGUUUCUGAGCUCAAGCAGAAGUUUGAAAAGAGGGCUGCCAACAAUAAACCUUAUGUCUGAGAAACCUACCAUAGACUCUCCCAAGGCUAUCAUCCCACUAUCCUUGUCCCUGAUGACUUAGAACCAGCUGAAAGCAAUUCAGCUUCACAGUCACUCACGUUUUUGUACAAGUAUUUAUUGUUCAUUUGCAUGGAUUCUCUGCCAAUUUCCCUUUCCAUUUAACAGUGGAAAUCAUUUCUGCAGUGGCCCAGAAUGUGGGUAACAAUCAUUAGAUCAUAGUCUGACCACAUGCACUUAACUUCUCUCCCCUGAAACUUCACCAAAUGUUCCAUUGUGAACAAAGUGUUCAUUUGAUAACUGGUGUUCAAGUUGCCAUUGAAUGGAGUUGCAUAGGUUUUCUUCUUCCUAUUUUCAUCCCUAGAAAAACUAAAGCUCAUUUGGCCAUUAUUUCUGAACAUCCUGACCCAAAAGAACUUAAAUGUAUGCACAGGACUCCUGCCAGAUGUGAUGAGACAUCGAAAAUGCAAUGCCAGCUUAGGCUGUUAUCAUCAAACAAACUCCAAAUACUGGAAAUUCCUUGAUAAAAAGUGUUAGAGGCCAGAGAGUAAACAGAUCUUUAUCUGAGCUCUUCCUGGCUUCCCUCA